UGUUCGAAAAAUAAUGUUUCGCGAUUUGAUGGCCGAAUGCGGAGGCCCCGGCUGCGACGUGCUGUGCGGCCGGCGAGGCGGCUUGCUGCGUAAGCUUUGCUGGCUUCUGGUCGUCACAUUCCUGGUCGGCCAGUGCGGUCUCGAGUGUCUGUUGGUAUUCAGCGAGUACGCCGCCUUCCCCGUGGCCACGAGCUAUAGCUCCGAGCAGGGCCUGGCCAUGGCCUUCCCGGACGUUACCGUGUGCAACGCCAACCCGCUGCGGCGGUCUCGUCUCUGCGCGGCGCAAGCCUCGCUGCACGGAAGAAAGGGCGCGCCCCAGAAGGUAUUGGAACGAAACUGCGCUGCCAAUGCCACCUACAACGAGCCCAACGGCGGUGAUGACGAACUGUUCAGGCAGCUGCAAGUCUGGAUGGCCCAAAGGUACAAGGAGGAGCGCAGCACCGUGCGACGUCUCUUUCGUCUCGGUCACCAGUUAUGGGACACCGUCGCGUAUUGCCGCUACGCGCGAAGAAAUUGCACUGACCAAAUGUUCUUCACCCCGACGUUCGAUUCUCACUACGGCAACUGCUUCUGUUUCCACUGCGGCUCGGCUGAACAGAAAAACGAAGAGUUCUACCGGUACCAUGCGGCUGCCUCUCCCGAAGACGGUCUGGAGCUCGUGUUGGACGCCCAGGCGCACGAGUACCUACCCACCACGACGGAGAUGGGGUUCGUGGUCGUGGUUCACGGUCAUGGCUUCCGACCCGUGCUCUGUAACGACGCGGUGUUCGCGGAACCUGGAUACGUGACCCACAUCAGCCUCACAAUGGAGAAAAGGGCAGCACUUCCGGAGCCGUACCAGUAUCCGUGCCGCAGUAGCUGGCCUCGCCCUCUGAGAGGCUUCAGCCUCAACCGCAGCAUGUACACCAGAGAGGCAAUACAGAUCAGAAACGUCCUCCGGGGAGAAAAGCUGCGUGAGCAGCUUGACUGGACCAAGGAGGCAUUGUGCAUGACAGCGCGAUAA